AUGUCCUUCCCCCCCGACCUCGACGACAGCCAGCAGCUGCCAUCCGGCAAGAAGGAGAUUGAUUUCCACACCGAGCACCCCCUGUUCCAGGACCUGUGUCCGGAUGACUCGUACACCCCCGAAGGCGUGUAUUGGGCUGACCUGCCUUGGAAGGAGAGGCAAACUUGGGUCAAUGAGCAGAGCAAUGCCGAGACUAAGCGCGAGCUCAAGGUCGUUUGGGACAUGUUCAAGAAGGACCCCUUGUCGCCGCUCAACGCCUACUGCAGCCGCUACGUGAUUACUGGCUUUGGCAUGUUCACCGAGGGCUAUACCAUCUUUUCCAUCGGCAACCUCAUGUCUCUGUACACGGCGGUGUGGCCCGAGUGCUGGGGCACCCACGAGGUGUGCGACAAGAACUGGAUUGCUGCCGUGUCGUACAUCCAGAUCAUCGGUAUUAUCUGUGGGCAAAUCGGCGUUGGUAUCGAAGGUGACUGGAUCGGCCGCCGUGUCGGUCUCGUCCAGGACGCCCUCGUCAUGGUUCUCGGCCUGGUCAUGCUCACCGCGUCGUGGGGCACAACCCUCAACGGUUGGGUCAUUUGCUACGCGUGGUCGCAGUUUGUCUACACUCUCGGUGUCGGUGGCGAGUACCCUAUGACCUCGACUUCUGCUCUCGAGCACGCCGCGCCCUCGGGAACGGCCCAGCGUGACGACAAGCUUCACCGUGGGCGCAAUGUCGUUCUCGCCUUCCUCAUGCAGGGUUGGGGCCAGCUCGUCAACCAGGGCGUCCUCAUCAUUCUCCUGCUCAUCUUCCACGGCGGCUCGACUCCCCCUUACUCGAAGAAGACGGGUCAGUGGGUCUUCCGCGUCUCGUUCGCCUUCAUGAUCCCCUUCACCCUUUGGCUCGCCUACUGGCGUUACUACAAGAAGCAGUACUCUGAGCACGCCCUCCGCAAGAGCAAGAAGGAUGCGCACGUCAACCAGUCGGGCUACGACAUGGCCUCGCUCAAGCUCGUCGUCUCGCACUUUGGUGGCCGUCUUGUCGGUACAUGCCUCGGCUGGCUCUUUGCCGACUUCCUCUUCUACGGUGCCAAGCUCUUCCAGUCGACUUUUAUCAAGGUCAUUACGCCCAACUCCACGGGCGUCAUGACUGGCUGGCUCUGGAACCUCCUCAACGUCGGUGUCUCCAUGUUCGGCUACUACCUCGCCGCGUUCCUUGUCGACCACAAGUUCUACGGCCGCAAGAGGAUGCAGACCAUUGGUUUCCUCCUCUUAGGUAUCCUUUACCUCCUCCCCGCCAUCUGGUUCCACCAGCUCCAGAGCAUGGAGCACAUCAAGGGUUUCCAGACCAUCUACUUCCUCGCAUCCUUCUUCACCCAGUUCGGUCCCAACUGCACCACUUUCCUCCUCGCUGCCGAGGUCUUCCCCGUCUCGGUCCGUGCCACUGCCCACGGUCUCUCCGCUGCCUCGGGCAAGGUUGGCGCCCUUCUCCCCGCCAUCAUUUACAACUACAUUGACAACCGUACCAAGUUCUGGGCCGUCUGCUGGUUUGGGUUCGCCGGCUGGAUCACCACUCAGAUGUUCAUUCCCGACGUCACUGGCCUCGACCUUCGCGAGCAGGACCGCUACUGGGCCUUUGUGCGUGAGGGCCGUGCCAAGGACUACCACGGCAUUGCAGUCCACCCUCGCCACCUGAGCAUGUGGGAGCGUGUUGUUCUCAAGCGCCACCGCGCCUACGACCCCGAGCUUGACCGCCAAAGCCGCGUCAAGGAGCUCCGCGUCAUGUGGGAGGCCCGCAACCAGAUCAAGGAGGAGGGUGGCCGCAUUGACAUUGAGGACCACGAGGAUGACGAGCUCUCGUCCACUGCCCACUCGUUCUUUGAGCGCGAGCUCCGUACGCUCGAGAAGCCGCGUGACUGCUCGCUCUCGCACACGCCUUCGCGCAACCCCAGCCGCCUCAGCCGCCGCCUCUCGCUCACCGGCCUUUCGCAUACCCCGCAACAACACGACACGCGCGACGUCCACGACGCGCCCAAUGAGAAGCAAUAG